CGAAGUGCCGGCCCGCGCGGACGCCUCGCACUCAGGCCCUUAUACCGCCGAAACGAGACACACAUACGUAAUCAUCGACGCUAGAAAGAGACAACAAGCGGCUCCCUUUUCAACAGAUCCUGUGUAUAAAGCAGUGAAGCCAUGUGUUACUUCAGUAUAAUAGUGAUAAUAUUCGAUAGUUUCGUGUUGUGAAGUGGUCGUGAUUUUUACCGAAAUGCAUCGGAGGUGUGACGUGCAACUGUUGUUGAUGUUCAUACAUCUUUCUGGACUCAUUUUGGUGGCAGGCAUGUCUGAGGUGUGGGUGGAGUUGAAUGCGCCACGUUUUGUGGUGCACCGCCAUAGCGCCAAGCUACGCUGCGAACACAAUGUUGAUCCUGAAUCACUCUAUAAGGUGGUGUUUUUCAAGAACGGUCAACGCAUCAUGAAGUUUGUGAGGGGGAGGGAUCCCCCCUUCGAACUUUACAACGUCACCGGCGCUGACAUCAGUCUUAUGAACCUGUCUCCGACGUCCAUCACGUUGGACAGGUUGGACUUCUCAGCAUCAGGCCCAUACGCCUGUGAAAUCGCUCUUGAAACGCCUCUAUACUCCAAAGUGUCCAAGAUACAUGAACUGAAUGUCAUUGUUCGUCAAAAAUUCCGUCCUAAGAUAAAAAUAAAGCACAAAAAGUUAUCUUCGAGCGACCAACUGGAGGCGACGUGUCAGAGCGCCCCUGCUCACCCCGCCCCGCACCUCACCUGGUUUAUAAAUAAUAACAAGGUCGACGAGAGUCUAACAACCCCGUACGGAACGAUGAAGGUCCAUCGUCAUCACCAUGGGAUCCCGUUAUCCGUGACGAACACCUCACUGCACUUCCCAUUGACAACCCUGCAACUAUUCCCCAACCGGACUGUGGAGAUCACCUGUCUAAGCACCAUACCCAGCUACGCGAGCGAGGGUGAAGGAUUUGCUGACAAACAGAAUAGUACUGUCACAGUCAACGUGGUUCGCAUCGAACCGGCGCCAACUCAGCUGCCUGUCAAAAUCGUUAGUUCGCAAUUUAAUUUAUCGGCUCGAUGUCACGUAGAACGUUUAUUAGUUGUUCUAGCGAUAUUUUUGUGCCAUAUUUAUAACUAAACUCGUAUAUUGUAAAACAUAACAUCUGUCAAAUUUGUCCUCAUGUAAUUUAAGGUUCAUGGUUCGCAGUAAAUGUUUCAUAAAGGCGUAUUAUUGCGAGGGCAGGUCGCGCAAACGGGUGGUCGUAUCAAAUAGCUUCAAUUCGCCACAGAUUGUGCUGCGUUAAAACCCGCCGAGCAAUAAUAAUGUGGAAGCCUUUACUCGCAUGCACAUCAUUCUUGAUGUUUGAUAUUCGUAUCGCCCCAUUUCUAAUGAACAUUACAAACGAAUGUUACUAGUACGUAUUUUAUGAGCUUAGUAACGUAUAGUACGGUAACUGGGUACAGAAUUGUUUGUGAAAAGUGAAUUGACUGUGGUGCUAAUUGCUGAAGUUGUGCAAUUUCUGUUACCUAUCAUAAUUUGGUUUAUGUUUGUUAACGAAUGACAUUAAUACGAGCAUUUUACAAGGACAUGAAGCCAAAAUGUUAGUUAUUAUUACAUUUUCUUACAUUAAAAUCUCCAAACCAAAAUUAAGUUCAAUUUUUCUACGGACAACAUGACGUUUGAUUGCGUGCCUCUAAUAACUUGUUCCGUGCGUUACAAUUUGACAGGUGUUAUAAUGAACGAACAUGUCGAUAUUAAUGUAUUUUUAAUUGCUGUAACGUUGUAAGAAUAUCAAGAAUAAUGAUUUUGUUUAUUAUUUUUAUGUUAUUUUCUUUUAGCUUUUGUAGCGAUGUACGAGCAAGCCAUUAGCAGUCUUAAUGCUAAUAUUUUAAGACACAAUUUGUUGCGAAAAGUAACAUGGAGUUGUUACCUAAUAAUUUACAAACUGUAAAAGUAAAGUCUUUGUUAAAAACCGUUCUUAAUGCGAGACCUUUAGGGUGGGUUCAUAUCUGACGUAAAAUACGUCGAGCGUAUCAUCGGUCGUACUGACGUAUCAUCGGUUGAGUGUGAACAGUCAACUGUUUUUCUAUACAUUUGUCUGUUCUGGCGUUACGCGACCGAUAAUACGCUACGCAUGUUCCUUCAGAUAUGAACUGACCCAUAAGUCUACAAUGUAUGCAUAUAAAAACGAUGUAUAAUAAAUACCUAUUUGUAUAAAACACCUUCAAUUCUCCCAAAAAAUAACUCAGAUUUAUAUAAUGGUGAAAUCGACCAACAAAUACAUUUUAAUUUUCCGUACAAUAAAGUUCAGUAACAACUCAAUUGGCGGCAAUAGUCGACCGAAUUCGGUUAAUCGCGAUUUGAAUCUAUUCUAAUAACUUUGAAUGAGGCAAUUCCGAAUUUACUCUGUUUAUAAUAAUCUUGUUAAAGUGACUCAUAUCAAAACAAAAUGAACUUUAUAAGCAGUUGUUUCGAAAUAAAAAAUGUAAUUGUCGAUUAACCCAGGAAAGAACAUGAAAGAAAUGACAUUGGCUGAUACAUUUUCUAAUUAAAUCGUUGUGAAUUGGACUAUAUCGUAACAAUAUUCAUACUUUAACUAUUGCCUAAUAAAAAUACUGUAUAACUUUUGAACUGUAACUUUUGAAAACAUAUGGUACAUUUUAUACUUGACGAGUUAAUGUAAACUCGAAUACAAAUGGCAUUACUAAAAGUAUUUUUACCCUUAGUAUGAGUUUGCUUUACGUUUAAACUAAUCGAAACGAGAUCGCGAUCGGCACUCUGGUUGGCCGGCGCGAAUAAACCAACCAAUCAGAGCGCCGAACUCACUUUCGUUUCUAUUACUAUAAACGUAAAGCAAACUUGUACUAAGGGUACUUACUGGACGCUAAACGUCAUUAUAAAGUCACUGCAGUAAACUUUUAAAUAUGGCGUCAACUUAACGUGAAAGAAACAUGAGGAAAAUAAUUAUCUUAACCGCCAUUUUAAUUUUAAACCGCACUUUAAAUCUUCAGUGUCAUUGCAAUAAUUAUGCGGUCUGAGAUCUGAGUUUUAAAGUGAGAAAUAAUAAAAUAUUGAGUAAUGGAAAUUCAGUGCUUCUUUAACAAUUGUGAGAACAAGGUUUAUAAUCACAAAAAAAAAAGUUUAAAUAAUGUUUCUUAAGACGAUCUAAUCAAAGUAUACUACAAAUUAUGCUGCUUUAAAUUUAUAAUAAACUGCAUACAAGACCAAACCAAUAAUCCGUAAAUAUUUUACAAAUGGCUGACAUUUUUCGACCCAUUUUAUCUUUAUUAAUUUAUCAAUGAGCUUUGCAACGCUUCUUUUAAUCCUUUGAAUAUUUACCCUUUUUAACUUAUGUAUGCGCAAAUAUGAGACUGAAUUAGAAAGUUAGAUAUGUAAAUGACCCGAGUUGACAUCCACCUAUCAAUUGCUAGAGAGCCCGUGUCCAUUUUUUAAUGUAAUAUAUUGUAAAUGGCUAAGCCAACAGUGAAAAUGAGACAAGUCACAUAUUACAAGUAAAUACGUGACUUUAAAAAAUAAAAAUUGGCUUUUGCAUAUCAGUAGAAAUUAUAUCUAUCCAAAAGUGAGCGAUUGUAUUUUCUUUUCUUUACUAUAAUUAGGUAUUUGUGGAAUUCUCGUAUAUAGAUGUACCCAUAUAUGUAGGUGAAUGUAAAUAAGAUGUGACUAAGUAAUUUAAAGUCAUUAUUUCAAAAUGUUUUUUGUAUAUUUCUAUACUGCUUGUAGUGUACAUUAAAUCUUUAUGUUAGGCAAAAUGAAAUUGAUGUGAACUGUAUUUUGCUCUGAAAAUCCAAAUAUAAUUUCUAUGUUACUUUCAGUUAAACAAUCCUAAAAUUGUUCAACUCUAUCCUAAUUGAUUAACGAAAAAACUAAUUCAAUUGUGUAGACUAUGUAAAAUAUUAAGAUCAAUUUUCGUGUAUCAUUUUGAUACUUAAUUUUACACAUAUUGCGAAAAAUGUCAAUUGAUUUAUAACAUAUCGAUGAAGUGAAUUGAAUUGAAUUGAAGUGAGUGAGGCGUACACAUUGAAACUUUUUGAGGUAUGUAUAAUGCAUGACAGUUGUAAAACGAACUUGAGACAUAAACCACUCGAGAUUCAACUCUUUAAUCUUAGUCACAAAGUUUGAAAUAACUUUUGAAUCCAUAAAAUAUAAUGUACUCUCGUAGACUUUGUUCUGACUUUUACAUAGGUCAUCUAGGUUUUAAACAAACCUCUUGAGAAUGAUGAAAUAAUACAAUCAUUACAUAUAUUGCUAUAUAUAUCACGUUUUUCUAGUAUAAAAGCUACGUGAGCGAAAAACCAAAAAUGAUAAGUCAGAAUAAAGUUUAAUAUACGACAUAAAUAUUAUCUGAAGUUCGCCACGCGUGCGUUAUCGUCUCGUUCAAAAAAGAUCGUGUGUAAACGCCUUAAGAUGCUUGCUAUGUACAUGAUAUGUGAAAAAUGUGUCGCACAAAUAUGCUUCUCUGUGGAAUAAUAUUACUCUAAGUUAUAUAAAAAAUAUUAUCAAUGCUUCAAAAUAUAGUCAAUUCAAUGCUUAAGCUAAAUAAGUGCUGAUGACUUUAUUUUUAUUUGGACUUUAUGUGGUUAGAAGACCAUUGCAAGCACUUUUAUAACUUGAUCGACUCGAUCGUCCAUCUAUCUUUCACUGAUAAUGACGUCAAAAAUAGCGUUUUAAAAUCGUUCCUCAUAUUACUCUCUACAUGGUAUAUACCUACCUAUUUCUAGUAUAUUUGCACUGUGGUACAAUCCGUGCCAGCAAAGACAAAGCCGUGCGAAAGCACUUUGCAACGCGUCGUGCCCAAUGGUGUUGACAUACUUAGCGCUGUACAGCGAUUAGUAUACUUCAACCGCUGUUAGGUCAAAUAAAUACCUAGUUUUGGUGGCACUGGAUAUUUUUACACGAGAAAUUUUACACUAGAAACUUAGCCUUUAAAAAAGUGUCGAGUUAUAAAAUUGGUAAGUUGUGACAAAAUAAUCUCCAAGA